UAUCUCGCAAAUUCUAAACGAAAAAGUAUUCGUGCGGCGCAACGGAAUCUCGGAUUUCAGUCCAUUUGUUUCCGCUAUCCACCGCCGAAUCGUGGAUUCCGUAUUUCCCCCUCUCUUCUCUAGUGUGCCCCGCACCCUCCGGCUCCAUUCUUUCCCAUCUCCCGUGCCCGCCGCCGGCUCGCGAUGCCCCCGUGGCGCCGCGCCUCCGCCGCCGACGCACCUUCCUCGGAGGAGCCCGCGCGGCCGCUCGCCGGAGGCAACGCGAGGGUCUCACCGGAGCUCUCCGCUGAGCGUGAUGUGGAGGGGCAGGAGGGGGAGGAGUGGCGGUGGUCGGCGCUGGUCCCCGAGCUGCUCGCCGACAUCCUGCGGCGCGUGGACGCCGGCGCCGAGAGGUGGCCCGGGCGGCGCGACUUCGUGGUCUGCGCCUGCGUCUGCCGCCGGUGGCGCGAGGCGGCGCUCGCCCUGGUGCGGCCGCCGCGCCUGUGCGGGGGGAUCACCUUCCUCGCCUCGCUCAAGCAGCCUGGACCUAGGGAUGCACCAAUACAAUGUUUCAUCAAGAGGAACAAGAAAAAAUCAACUUUUCACCUCUAUCUCAGCUUAACACAAGCAGCAUUAACAGGUCAAGGGAAGUUUCUGUUGGCAGCUCGUAGGAACAGGUGUGGGUUGCGAAUGGAAUAUAUUAUCUCUAUUCGCGAUGAUCUCUCUCAUGGAAGCUAUGUCGGAAAGCUAAAGUCUGACUUCACGAGAACAAAGUUCACCAUUUAUGAUCAGCAGCCCCAAUAUGAUGGUGCUAAGUUGCCAACCAGCAGAUGCAGACGCUGGCUUGCAAGCAAACAAAUAAACCCACUUGUUUCCACUGGCAUUGUUGACACCGGGGUAGUGGCCUACGAAUACAAUCUUCUCAAAUCAAGAGGACCAAGACGAAUACAUUGUAGUGUCCAGUGCCCUGCCGAUGAUGGUACCGCGAUAGAUCCAGAAGAGGCUAAUCAACCCAGCACCCCUUUGGUUUUGUACAAUAAGCUUCCACGAUGGCAUGAGCAUUUGCAGUGCUGGUGUUUGAACUUUCAUGGCCGGGUUCUGGUUGCCUCUGUGAAGAACUUCCAGCUUAUUGCUCCUGCAGGCACCGGAGAGCCAUGGGGUCUUCAGGAUGACGAGACGGUGAUACUUCAGUUUGGAAAAAUUGAGGAUGAUGUUUUUACGAUGGACUAUAGGCAGCCUCUGUCCGCAUUCCAGGCAUUUGCAAUCUGCCUCACCAGUUUUGGCUCAAAGUUAGCUUGUGAAUAGGUGUCUAUGUAUUUUAGCGUCCUUCUGAAUUUUACAUGUAGCCAUCAACAGAGCUAGAAUAUCUGCUGAUUCUAGGGAAAUGCCCUUUCAUCAGUUCAUGUUCUCCCCAUCACCCCAUCAGUUUGCUGUAGGUCUGUAACAGACAUGUUCCUCUAUACUGACGAUAGUGUCCAACAAUGAGGUUUAAUUAGAUCAGAUCAGAUGGCAGCUUUUGAGAGUGUCCCUUUGUGUAUGUAGAUGUCUAGAAUGGUAUUCUCAGUUCUAAUCGAUUCUGCACUUUGCAGUCCAUCCACGAGUUGAAACUAGUCAA